CAUGGCAGCCCUUCAAACCUAGUAACGUUAAUUCCAGUUGAUCCAGUUUUGUACACGCGUGGAAAGAGAAAAGUUAUUAUGACUAUCUGAUACGUUAUUUAGUUCAUUUUAUUCAUAGGAGAAGUGUCUUUCGACCUCUGGAAAGGAGAAUUACUUAAUAGCAAGGACAUCCCUCAGGAAGGGCUUCCUUUGUUCAGUUCAACUGCUAGCCGGAUAUCUAGGUUUCUGUGGAAAACAUCAAUACUAAGAUGGAUGCAUAUACACGUGUCUACAAAGAUCCAAAAUCACCAUUGACUCCGCUUGCUCCUUUGGAUGCACGAAACUUUACCUUCGUACCGGAGUCAUCAGCAACCGUAAGAAUGCCAGUUACCGCUAAAACACCCUCGCCAAGACCAAAGGUUUUAGAAGUACCCAGAAAACAACAGUGCUGCUGUUCAAUGAAGACACAGUUCAGCCCCAAAUAUGCUUCGACGAAAAUGAGUUUCUCUGCACAAUGUUCUAACGUCCCCAUGCCAAGAUGCUCCACAAAGAUCGUUAAAGAUUCUAAAUCUCCGAAGCCUUGCAAUUCGGUACCGUUCACGGCAUUAGAAAAAAACUUGCGUGACGAAAUAGGCAAGAUGCAAUCUCUGCUAGCGGAUGACCUCUUACGUGCACAUCUUAAAACGAGGUCUGACAGAACUAGCUACAAAUGAGGAUGAGAUGUCUAUCCAUAUUACCGCUCCUUGUUCCGUUAUUUACUAAUUUAUGUUUAUUGUUGUAUGAAAUUUUAUUAAAAUAUGAUUUGAAUAAAGGAAAAAGUUAUUGACGAAGUUAAA